UUACGUAAUUUUUGCACACACGUCCCACGAGUUGUCCCCCCGCUUCCGCCAUCAAACUCGGGCGUGGUCGCAGCGUCUACUUGCCGCGAAACGGUCUCCACCCCCGCCUUCAAUUAGUUUUCCCCGUGAAAGUUUCUCUUCCGACGAUCUCUUCCGCCGAAGAUGCAUUGCGAGACGACGGCGUCGUGAGUCGCCUGCUCAGCGGGAGCGUCUGAUACGGACGAGCGCUCUUUUCGAUUUGAGCGACAGCGCAACAGGCAGCACAACCGCACCCUGCUGCGGCGUGUCUCUCCGACGACUACCCUCCCCGGCUCGCCUUCAUCCAUCCAGACUUCGGAAUUGGUAUUUUCGCUAAAACAAGCUCAUGGGGCACCCCUGCGUUUCCCUCUCGACGCCGUUGAGCGAAACGUGUGAUCGGAAAGAGGCAACGGGCGGUGGGACGUUCGGCGCGCGGCGCGUGGGACGCCGGCGGUUGUGCCUUCUAAUCUCGCGGCCGAUACGCAGUCGUUGCCGGCACGGAGAGAACGAAGCAUGAGCUGAGUUCCAAGAGAAACGAUCGCGAUUGGCCCUCACGAUCUCGAUGGCUCUUCGCGCCAAACUAAAGAGGAACGCUUCAAUCUUGUGCCUGGUGGUGUUCACCUACAUCGUUGUCUUCAAGGCUGUGCAGCUGCCUACGGUGAUUGACCAGACGGAUUCGGUGCCACGGAGUUUGAACCCUCAGAGGUGCGUUCACGACCCGGUGCCUUGCCCGAGGAUUCUAUACCCGGAAAGAGACAACGAAUCCUUGAUUGACCUCAAGAACUUCAGUUACGUCUUGGAUGCGAAGUCCUGCAGUGAGAGCGGAGAAGAGAACCUCUUGGUCCUGGUUCAUUCGGCGGCUGACCACUUCGCUGAGCGGGACUCCAUUCGAACCAGCUGGGGAGGUGGCAGCGGAUGGCUCAAGAACUUGACCAUCAAGGUGGUCUUCCUGUUGGCGAGGACGCCGGAGGAGUCACUCCAGGACCUUAUAGCCCACGAGAAUCGGAGACACGGCGACACCGUCCAGGGUGACUUCGUGGACUCGUACCACAACUUGACGUACAAGCACCUCAUGGGACUGCGUUGGGCCGUGGAACGAUGUCCCAGCGUGGAUCAUGUGCUCAAGAUGGACGACGACAUCUUCGUGCACCUGUUCAGGCUGAGUGAGAUUCUGGGGAGCGCGGCCGCCAUGAAGCCCAGGACCAUCUUGUGCUACGUGCAGAAGCAGAUGCCCGUGUCUCGGAGUGAAGGCGGGAAGUGGCGGGUCCGGGAGAGCGACUACCCGGGAUCCUUCUUCGAAGACUACUGCUCCGGCUGGGCCUACAUCACCGACGUCGCGUCCGCCCGCGCCCUGGUCGGCGAGUCCCGCUUCCGACCCUACUUCUGGGUGGACGACGUCCACGUCACCGGCACGCUGGCCCGCAUGGCCGGCCUGACCCUGGCCAAGAUGAACGGCGUUUUCACCACCGAGGCGGACUCGCUGAGCCUCUGGUCUCAAGACUCGCAGAGGCGGAGGCUGGACUGGCGGUUCGCCUUCGGGCCCACCUGGGGCGACGUGGACCUCGUGUCUCGGGCACACCGGAAAGUGUUGUGGUGUCGGCGGAACGCGUGUGCGUGCUGCUUCAGGGCGUCUUCCGGAGGGGACGCGGAGAAAGACGUGCUCGGGCGGCGGAGCGGUGUCAAGGGUGCGGCGGCAGGAAGGGCGGUGGUGCGCAGGGUGUCGCGCCGCUGAAGGAAAGCGAAGGAAGCGGUCAGGCGUUGCGUCGGGUUCAUUCCGGGUGAAGGAUUUCGUGUUGCAGCGAGCUCUUGAUCAACAGUGGUGGGGACAGGUUGCUCUCCGAGUAGGAUAGAUCGCCUGAAGUUCGGUGUGAUAUUGUUAAAAUGUUUGAGGAUUGUCAAAUUAAAAUUCGAUCACAAUGGGAUUUUCGGGAAUGGGGCUAAGGUGGGACUGUAGGUUGUAUUCACUUGGCGUCGUAUUUGAGCACGGUAAUCACAGCGCAUGCCCAUGAAUGGGCCGCCACUUUUUUUUUUUUUUUUCCUGAGAACUGCAAUCUUGGUAAUCUGGAAUGCACGUUGCGGAAGCGCUGUGGAAGUUGAUCGUUAGCUCGCACUCAGUAGGGACGGACUCGACUAGGGCUGCCUGUGAAUUAUCUGUAUCUCAUAAACGUUUACAAUGCGGGCGAAGAUACAGGCUCGCGAGCCUAGUUCCGUUAAAUCGGGAGCACUUGCGAAUAAAUCGUGACGCUAUAAAAGGAACUUAGCAGAGCCACCUGUUCCUGCUCGUGCCUUUUUAGCACUGCAAAUGUUUGAGAAAAGGCAAAACACAAUGACGCAGUCUAUGGAUUCCUGUAGGUCGCGUGCUUCACAGCAGAUAACUUUUGUUCCCAGCGUUUUAAGAUGCUUUGUCAAGCAUCUUAGGUUUUAUCUGGACUCAGCCAUGCACAAAAUUCAAAUGACAAAAUAUAAAUUCAAUAAAAAAAAAACCCAGCUCAAAAGGAAAUAUA